AUGGCCAACCAAAAGCCCGUAGCCCUCGUCGUGGGAGCUUCUCGCGGCAUCGGCCGUCAGGUCGCCAUCGAUCUGGCCAAGAACGGCUAUGCAGUCGUCGUGGCCGCAAAGUCCAUCACAGACCCCUCCAAGCUCACUGAUAAGACACCCAAUCCCAAGACCAGCGAGUCAACCGUCACCACCGUCGCCCGCGAAAUCACCUCCGCCGGCGGCGAUGCCACCCCCAUCCAGGUCGACGUGCGAUCCGAGGAGAGCGUGAAUGCCCUCGUUGCCCAGACCAUUGCCAAAUACGGCCGCCUCGACGUCCUCGUCUACAACUCCGGCGCCAUCUGGUGGGCCUCCGUCGCAAACACCCCCCUCAAGCGCUUCCAGCUCAUGCAGCGCGUCAACCCAGAGGGCCUGUACGCCGUCGUCCAGGCUGCCCUGCCGCACCUCCGCCCUCACGGCCGCAUCGUCGUCGUCAGCCCGCCCAUCUACAGCCGCUUCUUCCGCGGCAAGACCGCUUAUGCCAUGGGCAAGGUCGGCAUGAGCGUCCUGACAAAGGGCCUGGCCAUCGACUUUGAGCGCGAGGGCCUCAAGGACAUGGCCAUUACGAGCAUCUGGCCUGCAGUGGCCAUUGAAUCUGCCGCCACCGAGCAGUUCACCAAGAAAAACCCCGACGAAGAAAAGGACCUCCGCAAGCCCACCAUCUUCUCCGAUGCCAUCCUGGGCAUCCUGCGCUCCCCCGCCGCCAAAGUCAAUGGCGAGCUGGUCCUCGAUGAGGACUUCCUCCGUGAGCACUGCGGCGUCACCGACUUCUCAAAGUACAGCGUCAUUCCGGGCUCGAACCCGCGCCGCAUUAUGCCCGCGAAGCUGCCUGACUUGACCGUUGCUGAGCAGGCCGACGAGGGGAAGAGGGUAGAUAGCGGUACCAAAUCUAAAUUGUAA